AUGAGACCAAUAUGUGGAUCAUAUUUUUAUAGGGCUCUGGAGGUGUUGGUCUGUCGUGUGAAGGAACGAAAAUUAUGUCUGCAAGCUUUGGCAUCUGGCCAAGACUUUCCGUUUGGAGAUUUUUUUCUUCAAAUGGCAGCCAACCGUUUCCUCAUGCUCAUUGCUUUCAUGCUCUGCGCCAUUCAACUCGCAAACGCUGGUCCUGUCCCCUGGCCAUUGACCUCUUGUGACGCCCAGCAGGUGUAUCCUCCUCCAGCGAGCAGCCCUCCUGUUGGUCCAGCGCCAAUGUACCCCUCACAGACCAAUGUACCCAACGAUCCGCCCAAAGGAGUCCCCACGCAAGGGUAUCCUGCAGUUCCCAUCGUCUUGUCUUCCCUUCCUGUCGGUGGCCCACCUGCCAAAGAUCUCCUGCAAGAUGACUGCGCCUCCAAGCAGCAGUACUUUACACUCCCACUGCUUGUCCAACGGACUCCAAUGGACUUUCAUCGGACCCUGCCAUUUCUGAUGGACUCAGUGGACAGUCCGUCGGAAGACCGUCAGAGUCCGUUGGACAUGACUGGAUUCCGCUGCAAGUCCAGGCAAAGUCCAGUGAAAGUCCACUCAAACUACUUAGAAGUAAGAAAUGGUUGGACUGGCCGAAAUUCUGUGUCCGUUGGACGUCUGCUGGACUUCCAUCGGAUUUCCAACGGACAGAGGCAGAAACCAUCAUAA